GCUGUGCAAUGCAUGCUGGGCAGUAGUUCUACGCCCAAAAUGGCGGCAGGAUUGAAAAGUUUUAUGUUGUUUUUGUUCCAGUUUGUAAUCCAGAUUUAUGAAGACUGGAGUUAUUUCUAAACAAAAACUGGUCUCGAAUGCACGUUUUUGUUGAAGUAGCUUCUGCAGUGGAACAGACGAGUUUUUUUUCGGACGAGGCUAGAUUGCAAAAUCAAACCAUUUUCAACCCGGGGGGAUGCCCAAGCUCUAGUUUACAUUGGGAAAGUGCCACCAUUUAUGCCGUUGAAGCAGACAACCAGAUGUCAUUAAGCUCGGAGACCCCGUCCGAUUUCCUAGCUCAUUGAAAAUGAAGAGCAUUCGCAUAUAAACAUGGAGGAUGAUGUGAAGAAAGUAAAAAAGCCUGGUCUCGUGUCACCAUUCAAGCGUGUCUUCCUGAAGGGGGAGAAAGGGAGGGACAAGAAGGCCCAGGAGAAGUCGUCGGAGCGACGGGCCCUGCACACCUUUUCCCUCUCUCUCCCGGACCACCGCAUUGAUCCCGACAUCCUGCUCAACGACUACAUCGAGAAAGAGGUCAAGUAUCUGGGACAGCUGACAUCGGUUCCUGGGUACCUGAACCCCUCCAGUCGCACAGACGUGCUGCAACUCAUAGACAACGCCAGGAAGUCUCACCAGUUGGCGGGGAAUCUGACAUCAGAGCAGGAUGCGGUAGUGAGCCUGUCUGCGUACAAUGUCAAGCUGACGCGACGCGACACAGAGGACAUCAUCCUGCGAGUGCCCAUACACGACAUCGCCGCAGUCUCCUACAUCAGGGAUGACUCGCUGCACCUAGUGCUGCUCAAGACCGCCCAGGAGGUGGGAAGCUCACCCUGUCCCAGCACAUGUAUGGAGCUGUCUAAGUCUGCAACCAUGGGCUCGCUGUCGGAGAGCGGCGCGGUGCUGGUGGAGGCGUGCUCUCUGCUCGUGCUCGCUGUAGACAACAAGGGAGCUGCUGAAGAACUGUGCCUGCUCCUCAGCCAGGUCUUCCAGAUCGUCUACACCGAGUCCACCAUCGACUUCCUGGACAGGGCCAUCUUUGACGGAGCCACUACCCCCACGCGGCACCACUCCCUCUACAGCGAUGACUCCUCGAGCAAAGUGGAUGUCAAGGAGGCAUUCGAGGCAGAAGCCGGUACCUUCUCAUUCCAGAGUUCUCUGGAGGCGGGUGGACACUCGCCGUGCCCCUCCCCAUCCUCCACGCCUGCGUCGCCACAGCCCAAAACAGCCAGCGACAGCGAGCUUAGCACCACCGCUGCAGAGCUUCUGCAAGACUACAUGACCACGCUGAGGACGAAACUCUCCUCGCAGGAGAUCCAGCAGUUUGCCACACUGCUGCACGAGUAUCGCAACGGCUCUUCCAUCCACGAGUUCUGCAUCAACCUCCGACAGCUGUACGGAGACAGCAGGAAGUUUCUCUUGCUCGGCCUGCGGCCAUUCAUUCCCGAGAAGGACAGCCAGCAUUUUGAGAACUUCCUAGAGACCAUCGGGGUGAAGGACGGCCGCGGCAUCAUCACCGACAGCUUCGGCCGCUACCGGCGCACAGCCAGCUCAGCCUCGGACUCCACCACCAACGGCAACGGGGCGGCGGGCGGCUCGGACGAAGCCCUCGCACCUUCCGAGGGCGACGAGUGGGACCGCAUGAUCUCGGACAUCAGCAACGACAUCGAAGCGCUCGGCUGUCACAUGGACCAGGACGGGACGGGGCCCUGAGGAAAGGACCGGAAGGCGACGGGACCGCAAGGGCAGGGUGGGUGACGUGCACACAAUGGGUGCUGCAGCCCUGUGAGCUUUCCAACCCAGUGAUCAUGUGAUCCUCAUCUCCUCUCCAAUCACAACCAUGCUGGAACUCGUACUGUGUUGUGGAGACACUGUCCUGUGACUGGUUGGUGUUUUGUCUCAAACCCAGGCCAUCACACACAGUGUCUCUAGCGAAUUUGCUGUCAUUCAAAUUGGAUGACCCCCCAUGUUUGUUCGAGAAACUCGUCUAUGGUGAGGAAGGAAGGCCCCUAGAACUCCUCCCUCUGUUUAUUGGCAGUAUCUGCUAGUGUAUGGGCCUGGACCGUGUUCCCUUGAUCAUUUUUACCCUCAGAGUCAAAACCUUUUCUGUAGCCGUAUAACACAAUGUUAUGACUGAAGUUGUAAUGUGAUUUUAUGGUUUAUUUCACAGUGUAGCUAUGUUAGCGAAGGAAAAAAAAAAGGUUUAUUUUUACCCACUUUAAUUUGUAUCUUAACCGUGUGUAUGUUACUUUGUAAACAUGUUUAACGUUGCAGUUGGAGCUGUUUGUAAGUUGCGUGUGGUUGUUACAUGAGCGAUGCAUCAGUAGCCUAAUCAUUUUGACUGAAUACCUAGAACAUUUGAGAAGAGCGACAAGGCCUAAUUCUGGCUGACUGAAACAGCAGUGUUGGUUCUUUAUGUUAUUUUUACUAAAGUGGUGAUCCACCUUUGGCAAUAUUCAGCUAUCACGUUGUGCUUUCAAGGACUUUGAUUACUUGACAUUGUGCCUUUUUUUGAGUAACCCAUGGAUUGUAUCAUCCGACACGGAUGUGAAGAUCACUCUGUAAUCUGUACAGAACAUAUGUGACUGUAAUAAAUAUCACGUGCAGUAAUGCAA